ACAUAACAUGACCGGAUGUUACCUUUGCGCAAUUGUUAUUGUUUUUUUAUAUUUGUAAUGUUUUGGUUGUGGAGCACGUGGGGUUGUUAAAUAGUGUAAUGAGUAACUGAGUUUAAAACAAUGUAGAAAUUCUUUAACAUAAUGUCAAUAAAAGUACUAUAAAAAGCGUAAUACUAUUGUAAAUUCUUAAUCUUACGCGCGAAAUGGAAGUCAACGUUGGCGAUGUCGUUUUGCCAGGGGACAAAGUGCAAGGGAUAUCUUCGGACGACGAAAAAGCGCGUGCAAUUCUUGGUCCUGGCCUCAGGUUUAGCGUGGACGACGUUAUUGUAACGACCAGCGGCGUCCUGAAGAAUAAGCAGCUGGUGUAUUGGGUAGACAGCCACAAAAAGCGCUACGUACCAACACGUGGCGAGACUGUCGUUGGUGUGGUCACUAACAAGGGCGGGGAAGUGUUUAAGGUGGACAUCGGAGCGAGUGACCUGGCCUCGCUGUCGUACCUCGCCUUCGAGGGGGCCACCAAGAAGCUGCGGCCCGACGUGAACGUCGGGGACCUGGUGUUUGCCCGCCUCGUCACCGCCAGCCGCGACAUGGAGCCCGAGCUGGUGUGCGUCGACUCGUACGGCAAGGCGGGCAGACUCGGCACGCUGUCCCCCGAGGGCUUCGCCUUCGGCUGCAGCAUCAACCUGGUGCGCAAGAUCCUGCGUCCCAGCUGCCCCUUGCUGAAGAUCCUGGGCAGGGAGCUGCCCCACGAGAUAGCUGUGGGUGUGAACGGCAAGGUGUGGGUGAAAGCAAAGACCGUGAAAGAGACGAUAGCCAUCUGCAACGCGGUGCUGGCAGCGGAACACAUGGGCAACCACGAGAUCGUGUACAUGUGCGAGGACAUCAUGAAUGCCUUGUGGCGGACGUAGGUUUGUGGUGGCUCCGUAGUGAGAGUGAUCUUUGUCCAACACUGGCCAUAAUGUUUUAAAAGGAGUCAGUAGAAUAUUCUUGUAUUAAAUUUUUACUAGGUUUAAUUUUGUCUUACCUGAAAUUAGAUUUAUCACACCCACCUCAUCUUUCCUUUCGCAUUUCUCCUGAUUCUUACCUCAGUAUAAGUCUUAAAAUAAAUAAAAUGGAACUAUGUAAAAAAGAUCAAACUGGGUAUAAGUGAAUGACAUUUAGAUGUCUUAACAUUUAGUUUUUAGAGUAAAAAAAUAUUAAAUGGAAAAGAAUAAAAAAAAAA